AUGGCUGAAGCUCAACUGUGUGGAUUAGUACAGGAUGAAUUCACCUGCUCGCUGUGCAUGGACACCCUGACUGACCCCAUCUCCAUCCCCUGUGGUCACAGUUUCUGCCUGGAGUGCCUAACAGACUGUUGGGAUGAGAGCCAAGUGUGCCGCUGUCCUCAGUGUAGAGAGAUCUUCACCGCGAGGCCUGAACUUCACAUGAACACGGUGCUGAAUGAAGUCGUCAAGAAACUAAAGAAGGUAGGACUCCGUUCUCCACCAUUUCAGAAUUAUGCUGACCCUGGAGAUGUGAAGUGUGACUUCUGCAUUGGGUUGAAGUUCAGAGCUGUGAAGUCCUGUCUCACCUGCUCGGCCUCCUACUGUCAGACUCACCUGCAGCCUCACUUUGAAUUAGCAGCCUGGAAGGACCACAAGCUGACUGAUCCAGAUGAAAAUUUGAAGGAGAAAUUCUGUGCAAAACAUCAGAAAUGUCUGGAAAUAUUUUACACAACUGAUGAGACGUGUAUCUGCUCAAAGUCUGUGGUGACUGGACAUAAAAAUCAUGAAAUGGCUGAGCUGGAGACAGACAGAGAAGAAAAAGUGCUGCUGGUGACACUGAGUGACAUCAGGGGGAGACUUGAGGAGAGAGAGAAGAAACUGAGGGAGACGAGGAGGGUGAUGGAGCAGAAGAAGAUAUCAGUGGAAAGAGAGGUAGAUGAAAAUGAGAAGAGCUUCACUGAUCUGAUGCACUGCAUUGAAGAAGCCCAGAAGAAAUUGGUUGAGAAGAUUAGAGAACAAGAAAAGAGAGAAAUAGAAAAGGCUGAAGGAGUCGUAGAACAACUAGAGAAGGAGAUUGAGGAGCUGAAGAAAAUAUAUGCUGAGCUGAAGGAACUUUCAGGGACCAAGGACAACCUCCACUUCCUGAAGACUUUUCCAUUUUGCCGUGUCCUCCCUGCUGAUGGAGACUCGCUCAGCUUCACUGUCAUUGCUGAUGUCUCUUCAGAGGACCUGAGAAAGGAGCUUUCAUGUCUGAAAAAGAUUCUGGAGAAGAUCACUCAGUGGGACAUCAUGACCUUGACAUCAGGUCGUGAAGCUCCAGUUCUCACCCUACAGCCUCCUGAGCCUCAGCGCAGAGACGAGUUUUUACAAUACUUCUGUCCACUCACACUGGACCUCAAUACGGCACACAAAGACCUCCAUCUGUCUGAAUGGAACAAGAAAGUGACAUGUGAGAGGACAAAGCCUGAAUAUCCUGAGCAUCCUGACAGAUUUGACUACUGGGAACAAGUUCUGUGCAGAGAGGUUCUGACUGGGACUCGCUGUUACUGGGAGGUGGAGUGCACUGGAGACUGGAUUCUGAUUGGAGUCGCAUAUAAAGGACUGAGCAGAAAAGGAAAGGACAGGGAGUGCAGCCUGGGAAUCAACGACAUGUCCUGGAGUUUACUGUGUUCUGAUUCCCAGUAUGCUGUGCGUCACAAUGACGAGGAAACUUUCAUCAGUGCACCGUACUGCCCCAGGAUAGGUGUGUAUCUGGACUGGCCUGCUGGCUCACUGUCAUUUUAUAGCGUCUCACACACAAUGACCCUCCUGCACAGGUUCAACACCUCCUUUACUGAGUCCCUCUAUCCAGGUUUUGGGUUUUGGCUUGAUUGUAAGUCCAGCGUAAAAAUUUGCCAUCUGACACCAUGUGACCACUGA